AUGAAGUUUUUGGUUUUGCCUCGGAUUUUCCAUGAGGGAGAGAUUCACUGCCUAGACGUCAACAGAGACAGCACAGGUCUUGUCACCGGCGGAAAAGACAACGGGAUCAACGUAUGGAACCUACAAGAGUUGAUUGAAAUUUCAAAACUCGAGGAGAAGGAACAGCCGAACCUCAAGUCUCGAAUCGAAAAUGUAGCACCCAUCCAUACCAUAUCGGGCCAUCCCUCCACCGUGAGCAUGCUACGAUGGCUCCCCCACGCAGACAACAUGUUUGUCUCGGCUUCACAGGACGGAACGUUGUAUUUUCAUGAACUUCGAGACGAAAACAAGUCGCGACAUCGGCAAAUAUAUCCCUUUGACGCAAAGACCACAGAAAACUUGAAACCCAUUGUGGACAUGUCGGUCUCGCGAGAUGGAAGAUUGGUUGCAUGGAGCACACUCGAUGAAAAAGUUUGCGUUUACGAUGUUGCAAAUGACACUUUUCAAGAAUUGGCUAUCCCGUCGCUGGAGAAACCCGUGAUACAAAGAAGUUUGGCGUUUAACAAUACCAGCAACUAUCUCGUUUCGAUUGGCGACGACACCCAGAUUAAUGUUUUCCAGUACGAGUACACCUCAGGUUGUGAACUUUACAAGUUUAGACUCAUAAACAAGAUAGCCAAGUUGUUCAACGAGAACCCCUUGAAUGUAAAAUACAAGCGGAUCUCGUGGUCUCCCGAUGGCGAACUUGUUUCAAUCCCAACGGCGAAUAAAGGCCAAACGUCGCUAAUCUCACUACUAAGUGCGCAAACUUGGAACACGCGAGAAAGCUUGGUGGGGCAUGAUUUGACAUGCGAAGUUGUGCGAUUCAGUCCUCAUUUGUAUUCGGAGUUGGAUCAAGAAAUGAACAAUCUUUACAGCAUUGUUGCAUCGGGUGGAUCCGAUCGAUCCUUUGCGCUUUGGAACACCUCAAAGACAUCUCCCGUACUUGUCCUUCGCGAUGUUGUUGAUGCUCAAAUUUACGAUAUGGCAUGGACAGGAACAGAGAAUUUAAUCUUUAGCACAUCAAGGGGAAACCUAGGCGUCUUGUCCUUUGAUACAAACGAGUUGGGUUAUAAAGUUUCCAGCAAGACGGUGCAAGAGUUGCAAAAAAUCCAACAAGAUCUGGUGAAACCCAUGACUUAUCGAUACGAAUAUGACCAAUCUAGUGGCAACCGCAAGACAAUUGCACCGAUUGAAUAUACGGAUCAGAAACAGGCAACCAAUACCAGGGCAAAAGACCAAAAUAAAAACGAAGCUCUGGCGGAAAAGCAAGCUAACCCAAAGGAGCAAGCUGAAAACAAAAAGCAACUGGCCAGUGCCGUCGCGAUCAUCAAGACUGAUAUCAUCCCCGAAGUGAUUUCAGCUACGCCGCCAGCCAUUGAGACUGGCUCAAAAUCUAUGGCCAGACUGACAUCGUCGACUGAAAUGGCAACAACAAUAACAACGACACCACAACAAUCAAAGGCAACAACGAUUCCGUCAGAAGCAUCCACGUCAAUGACAGAGUUAAUAAAGCCCUCCGCGGCUAUAGACACCCCCAAGGUACCAGAUAUGAGCAAACAAAAAGUCACCACCAAGAACGGCAAAAGGAGAAUCAAGCCCAUGUUGAUAUCGAGUCAGAGCAUAGCUCCGUCUGCAACGGCAGUAGCAGCAAGCACAACCACAACCACAACUUCCCAAAUGGCGUCUUUUGAGCCUCAACUGCUAGCAAGUGCCAGAUCGUUGAUGGAAUACGAGAAACCAUCAUACUUGGUCUCGGAAGAAUUCAGCAAAUCCUUGAAAGCACGCAAUGCAGAUGAAAACGGCAGCACUGGUGCGCCGCCAUCGGCCAAACGGCCCAAACGAGAGAUGGAGCCGGUGAAAUUCAUUGGUUCAGUGAUUAUGAACCCCAACACGUCAUUCUCCAAGAUCCGCUUAUCGACCCCGAAAAUAAGAUUUGGAUUCCAACUCCAGAGUGAGAAAGAUCAAGAUUGUUUGUUUGUGCUUGAUAUCAAGAAUGGUUCAGGCAACGAGUCGAAGCCUAGUAGAAUCACCUAUUUCAAAAAGGACAAGGAGAUAUGGUGUGAUUUCAUCCCGAAAUUUAUCCAUCUUGCUUGUGAAGGCACGCAGUUUUGGUGCGUCGCUACGGUUGAUGGACAAAUCUUCACCUACUCUCGCAUUUCCGGCAGAAAAAUUUGGCCUCCGUUGAUAUUGGGCAGUCCCGUUUCAUUUUUGGAAAGUCAUGGAGAUUACUUGAUGGCCGUGACCAGCUUGGGGGAGUUGUACGUUUGGAACAUCGCCCACAAGAAGGCGGAAAUCUCAUGCUCGAUAUCUUCCUUGCUUGAGCUUGGAACCAAGUUUCAAGAAGAUGGGCUUUCGAAAUCGGAUAAUAUUACCAUGUGCGCCAUCACUUCUCGCGGGAUCCCCUUGGUCACGCUAUCUAAUGGAUCGGGGUAUCUAUAUAACCAAAAUUUGGAAGUAUGGCAAGUGAUUACCGAGUCAUGGUGGGCUUUUGGAUCGUAUUAUUGGGACGGGGUCGAAGACGGUGGCAAGCAAUUGCAAACGCUAAACAUGUUCAACAGUGAAGACUCGAUAUUGGAGCUCUUGGAACACAAGACGAACGAAGAAAUCUUGCGCAAGACCCGUACUGGCCGAGGCAAAUACUUCAACAAGAUCUCGAAGAAUAUGAUUAUGAAGGAAGGGUUUGAAAGCUUGGAGAAUACCAUCUCCAUCAGCCAUUUGGAGAAUCGGAUCUUGGCGUGUGAGCUACUUGGAGAAGAAGCUGAUUUCCAUAAGAAUUUCAAAAUCUACGUGCAGAGGAUAUGUGAGUUGGGCUUUAAAGCUAAGCUUUUCGAAGUUUGCGAUGAACUUUUGGGACCAAUUGAUCAGAAGGAAAAGAAGACGGAUGAUGUGCUGGACGGCAGCCGAUGGGAUCCCAAGAUUCUCGGGUUUGACAAGCGUCAGCUAUUGGAAGAAGUAAUUACGUUGUGCUCGCAGUUUCGAGACGCGCAGAGAGUGCUAUACCAUUUCAGCAAAAAGAUUGGUCUCGUGGGCGAAGGUGAUGAAGGAAUCAAUGAUGGUCUAGUCUAA